UCUGAGCUUUCUGUGGUGCCAAAGUCUGGCCAGCAGCCAGCGAAACUUUGUAGUCCACGCACCACCCGUCAGAAGUGCAGUUGGCAUGUACAGGCCGUUCAGUCGCAGUCCUUUUUUAUUUAUUUAUUUUCCUCUUGUAUAUAAAUAGUAACACCACCACCACUCCAGAGGCAUGGUCAGGAUUCCUACUUGUUAAACUUGGCUUGUCCUUGUAGUAAGCAUGUGGAUGUUACAGCAUUUCAUCUGUUAUCGGUGAAGAUGGGUAAUUGUAUUUGUUGCACGCAAUGCCUUGAAGUCUUCUAUCGCAAGCUAGUCCCUCGGUCAGAAAGUGAGGGCGAAUCACUUUUGCAGAAUUCUACCUCGUCGCAAAGUUUUAUCCAGGACCUAGACGGGAGAGAUUGUGGCAGUCGCCAGUAUGGGACAUUGGUGGAGGAAAAGUUCAGUAGCGAUGUUUGUUGCCAAGGCAUAUUUGAAGAACAGAAUGACUUUGGUUAUGCCCAUGACUCUGAGGAAGAUGAGGGGAUAUGCGAGUGUGGAGACAUUCUUGCUCCCCGUGCCUUUUGCAGUGACCUUCCAGCUGGCAUGAGGGAUCUGCCAGACCAUUCCCCCUCCCUGCUUGCAUAUGCUCCUCCAAAUCAAAACUUUGCUGAACGGCAGCUACAGGGACCUGUAAUAACACCGGACCUGACAGCGGAGUUUGCAAAUUCAGAUAGAGGGACAGUGCAACGACAAAGAAGUAUAAUAGCUCCUGAUUUGGGAACCUCCUUUGAACCUUUGGAUAAUAGUAAAGACCUGCAACUUGCCAAUCAAUGUCAUGGAAUGAGGCUGGAGCAAAAGGACAGAGAACAUUCGAGCGGCAUGACCUUGAUGAAUGGAGAUGGGGCCUACGAGCAUCGGAUAGAGGUGGAGCCAAAGCAGAACGGACAUGAUGUUGGAGAGCAGGCAGAGGACGGAAGUGAGCAAGAGGUCAUCGUUAUCCAGGAUACUGGUUUCACUGUCAAGAUACAAGCCCCGGGGAUAGAGCCUUUUUCUAUUCAGGUGUCCCCCCAGGAGAUGGUGCAGGAGAUCCAUCAGGUUCUUAUGGACAGGGAGGACACCUGUCACAGGACAUGUUUCUCCCUCCAGCUGGAUGGAAAUGUGCUGGACAACUUUGCUGAGCUUAAGACAAUAGAAGGGUUCGAGGAGGGCUCUGUCCUAAAGGUUGUUGAAGAACCAUACACUGUGCGUGAGGCCAGAAUCCAUGUCCGCCACAUAAGAGACCUUUUGAAAAGCCUGGACCCGUCUGAUGCUUUCAAUGGAGUGGACUGCAACUCUCUGUCAUUCUUAAGUAUCUUCACAGAUGGUGAUCUUGGAGAUAAUGGAAAGAAGAAAAAGAAAGGUGCUGAGCUGGAACAGAUAGAUUGUACCCCUCCCGAAAACAUCUUGCCAGGCAGUAAAGAGAGACCACUAUGCACACUCCAGCCGCAGAACAAGGACUGGAAGCCCCUGCAAUGCUUGAAAGUUUUCACUAUGAGUGGCUGGAACCCCCCUCCCGGCAACAGGAAAAUGCACGGAGACCUGAUGUAUUUGUAUGUGAUAACAAUGGAGGACCGUCAUGUCAGCAUCACCGCAUCUACACGGGGAUUCUACCUCAACCAAUCUACAGCAUACAACUUUAAUCCCAAACCAGCCAACCCCAGCUUCCUCAGUCACUCCUUGGUGGAACUGCUCAAUCAGGUCAGCGCCAUAUUCAAGAAGAACUUUGCUGCCUUGCAAAAAAAGAGGGUUCAGAGACAUCCGUUUGAGCGGAUUGCUACCCCAUUCCAGCUAUACACCUGGACUGCACCCCAGGUUGAACAUGCCAUGGACUGCGUUAGAGCCGAAGAUGCCUACACGUCCCGUCUGGGGUACGAGGAACACAUUCCUGGGCAGAGUAAGCAAAGUACAGCACAACAAAAAUUGUACAAAGAACAGAAAGAGAUUAAUAAAGCCAUGAUACGAGGAUAUUAA